GCUCCAUGGCCUUUCUCCCGUGUGAUUCUGUUGCGAAGAAUUUCCCCAAACUGCUGCUUGCCGUGGUGAUGGGCUUGCUAGGCCGCCGGCUGGAACCACGUGCGUGGUGAUGUGCGCCACCACAGCCUAUAGGAGGGGCCAUGCUAGCGCGUGCACGCCAGCCGUUGGCCGCCUGUGUCGCCGGGCUGCGAGCCGCGACAUGGUGGUGCUCUGCCUAAGGGAGGAGCCGUGCGUUGGCUACCGCUGUCGAGAAGUGGGCGCCCCACUUGGCCUCUGCCGCCGUAGACCUCCAUGCCGAGGGAGGCCGCAGGUGCGAGCGCAACCAUGCAAGUCCAGGAGAAGCAGAGGAGGGCCGAGGCCACGCCCUGCGGGGAAGGUCACGCCGCGUCGCCGCGCCUUGAGGACGCGCAGCCGCACUGCGAGCCCAGAUCGUGCCUGAAGACCAUGGCGAUGCCUCGCCGUUUGCCGCCGCUGCCGUUGGCAGUUAUGUGGCGAGUGGAAGCGCCGGAGGGCGCCGUCGACACGGCCAUGCACCAGACCGAUGGACAUGCACACAGGCGAGACAAAAGUGUGUACCUACAGCCUGAGGAAGCGACUACUUCGUCCAGCUUGCUGCCGACGUCACCAGUUUUGGAGGCUAGAUGCGUCUGUUGCCAGUCGAGCUGUGGCAACCAAUCUACUGUUGACUGAUUAUCACCAAAUGAAUUAGAUGCAGAAAUCCAAAUCUGAGAAAGAGAGAGGUACCGUACGAUAUUAUUCUACCUUGCCUUGUACUCUAAGAUGAUCAUGUACUUCUAUAUAUAUGCCCAUGAGGCUCAAGCAAUACAACGAACAACUAUUCCACCAAUUCCUCUCUCUC